GAGGUGUUUUGAUUUCUGCAACGAGGGAGCUACUACUUGGUUCGUUUGCGCGGCUAGCCAAUAUCACAAAGGCUACACAUGCGCACCUGACUCCAGCUUUUGCGGCGGGCAUUUCAAGGAGAUCCUGUGAAACUCUGCAAGUCAUUACCAUGAUAGGUGAGAAGUUAACACAGUCCGUCGCGGAUGAUUGGGGCACUGGAAUGCGUGCGUUUAAUACCUACGGACCUGCCGAGGUCACAAUCGUGUCGACUGUGCGCGAAUUUGGAAAUGAGCACAAGAAUAUUAAAAGUGCGAAUGUUGGUUGGCCAUUGGAAACUGUAUCUACGUUCGUGACAAGGAACCAGAAACUCAUUAUGAAGAACGCUGUUGGUGAGCUUGCCUUGGGUGGUCCGCAACUCUCCACUGGAUAUCUCAAUCAGCCGGAUACUACAAACUCCAAAUAUGUCUGGAAUGAAGAGGUGGCUCAGACGCUAUAUUAUACAGGUGAUCUUGUCAGGAUGCUUGCCGAUGGCUCCUUGGAAUAUCUCAAUCGCGUGGAUGACCAGGUCAAAAUGGGCGGUAUCAGGGUUGAGUUGAGUGAAAUCAGUUUCUUUCUUGCUCAGUGCCAUCCACUCGUGGACAAUGUUGAGACGCUCAUCCUCAACCGACCAGAUAGACCGAUGCAGGUCAUUGUUUCGUUCCUGUGUGCUCCUGGCGCAGCCACCGAGGGAAUGACCGGAGAUCUGUUGAUUGUCAACGAAACUGCGGCGGAAGUCGCCCGUGGUGCGGGCGAAAAAUCGCAUGCCGUCUUGCCUGGACAUAUGCUACCUUCAGUCUACCUUGUUGUCUCUCAUAUUCCUCGAACCCAAUCUGCUAAGACUGAUCGUCGAGCACUUCAGGAGGCAUACGCCACGGUUGAUAUCCAGGCCUGGGAUGAAAUGGUUAACCCCGACUCUUCCGAACCUACUGCAACUCAGCAUGGUGAGGCUCAUUCUAUCCAUGAUAAACGAAUUAUCGAUAUCAUUGCUUUGAUGGCGAGUAUUUCACAAUCCCAGAUAUCGACAGCCACAAGACUCAGCAGUCUGGGGAUUGAUUCUAUUCGCGCUAUUCGGCUUGCUUCGAGACUAAAUGAGGCCGGCUAUAGACUCUCCGUGGUGGAUGUCAUCCACUGCGUGACCGUUAAGGAUCUUACGAAACUAGCCUCAUCAUCCUCUUCUGAUAGAACACCAAUAGGGGGAUUUGAUCUGGACGAUUUUGACGGACGCUGGCACGCGGGAGUUGCUUCCAAGAUCCAAGAAGACUUCUUCAUGGCUCCCGCAACCCCAAUGCAGGAGAGUCUGCUAAGUGAGACGAUGAGGGCUCGUGAGAUGUACUGGAGCAAUCACUUCUUCUCCCUUGAUGCUUCUACUGACCUGCAGCGUCUCCGAGAAUCAUGGCUUACUGUUUGCCGGUCAACCGAGGCACUGAGGAUUGGAUUCAUUCCGGCUGCUGAAGUUGGUGAGACUGUCUCUGAUAGCGAUGACUUUUCCAUCCUACAAAUCAUCUACAGUCAUCCUGUCCUAGAUUGGGAAUUAUACAAGUACACAGAGGCGAACUUUAAUGACACUCUUGGACAACGGUUAGAGGAGAUUAUGGCCAAGCGACAAGAAAAUUAUUUCAGGUCUCCACCCUGGGCUGUUACGGUAUUCGAAAAGGAGAAUGAAAGAUUAAUGGUUCUUACUAUUCAUCAUUCAAUACAUGACGGUCCAUCUAUCUCUUUCCUCUUAGAUGAUCUCCAGGCUGCGUAUAGCGCCCGACAGACUCAAAGACAUCAGCUCCGAAAGAGUCUCUCGGUUAUUCUUCCGACAAAGAAAGAAACAAACGAAGCUAGUCAUUUUUGGAAAGCCGAGCUGAAACCUUUUAUGGAGGCAGAUGUCCCUGUGUGGCCGGAUCUAACUGGGAAGAGAGUUUCUCCCAGCUCUAUGCAACAACACAAGUUAGUCUCCCAAAAAUUAACAUUAAGUGAGCCAGUUGAGAAAUUGCAAUCUAUGACAGCAAAACUGGGCAUUUCAUCCAUCGCUUCCCUUCUUCGGGCCGCCUGGGGUUGUGUCUCCCUGAACUAUCUUGGUGCCCCUGCAACGGUGUUUGGAGAGACGCUUUCUGACCGCGUGUUGAAUGCAAGCCUCGAGGAUGCCGUGGGACCAUUGAUCUCGGUGGUUCCUGUUCCAUUCCGUCAAACAGGGACUGUUCGAGAGCUUCUAGCGGAACAAAAUCGUCUCUCAGUUCAGUCGCGAAAAUAUCGCCACAUUCAUUCUCGUAAAAUCAGGAAGAUCCUGGAUCGCCCGCGAGACCAGGCUCUCUACCCAGGGCUGUUCAUAUUUCAUUCCGUGAACGAGUCUGAAAGCUCUCGCGGUAAUGGGUUGUGGACAGAGUUGGAGGAUCAGGUUGGCUUGCAUGUCGAGCAUCCGAUGGCAUUCAAUGCCUAUCAAGAUAGCAAUGGUGCCAUCGUUAUGGAAGCAUUUGUAGACAACUCCAUCAUGAGUUCGGAGCAUCUGAUCAUGUACCUUCGUCAGAUUGAUGCGUUCCUCAGCGCGAUGUUGACGUAUCCGGACGAGCAAAUCAUCGAACUUGUCAGUCGUCUCCCGAGAGAAUUACUGUCGGUUUCCACGCAGAAAGAAAGUGAGAACGUUCUGAAAUCUGCUUUGACAAGCCCUGUUUAUUGGCUUGAAUUCAAUGCCGAACGACACCCCGACUGGACUGCGGUUGAGGUGGCAAGCUCAAUAACAGAAUCUGGUAUUAAACAACAGUCGAUGACUUACGGCUCAUUGAAUGAUGCUGCCAAUCGUGUCGCUACUUUCAUUCUGUCGCUUGGCUUCAAGAAGCGAAUGAUUGCGGUCUGCGGCCGUAAUCUUGCUUCAUAUCCGGUUGUCGUUGGCAUUUUCAAGUCAGGGAAUGCAUAUCUCCCCAUCGAUGAGGGUCUUCCCAACGAACGCAGGGCGUUCUUGAUUGAAGAUGGGAACAGUCCAUUGGUCUUUACCGAAGCAGCAUUUUUAGAUACGUUUGCAGACAUUCCUGAUACCUGUCGAGUCAUCUGUUUCGACCAACCCGAAUUCCAAAAGUCCCUGGACGACAUGCCAAGUGAUAACGUAUCCUCUGCCUCAGACCCAGAGGAUAUUGGCUAUCUUCUUUACACAUCUGGUUCAACUGGCAAGCCAAAAGGAGUUAUGGUCACCAGAGGUAACCUUUCUGCAUUCAUCGAAUCCCUGUCUGAGUUCGCCUGUGAUGUUGCGCCUGCAACUCUAGAACUAGGUGGCAAAGGAAGAUACCUGGCGCAGGCUAGUAGGGCGUUUGACCCUCAUCUUUUGGAGAUGUUCUUUCCCUGGCGCCAUGGAAUGGCAACAUCAACGGGACCAAGGAUGAUGCUCUUAGAUGAUCUGCAGCUCACCUUGUCGAAAUGGAAUAUUACCCAUGCAAGUUUGGUGCCAUCGCUGUUGGACCAGACAAACGUUGACCCCGAAUGCUGCCCGGCUCUAAAAUUUCUCACUGUCGGAGGAGAGAAAAUAACGCAAAAGGUGCUAGACACAUGGGGCGCUUCAUCCGGAGUUGCUUUAAUAAAUGCCUAUGGCCCGACAGAGGCGACUAUUGGUUGCACGUUCGCUCUCGUUGAGAACGAAACGACAGUCCGGAAUAUUGGUCGGCCUUUGAAUGCUUGUGUUGGCCAUGUACUUAUCCCCGGAACAUCAAGAUACGCGUUGCGUGGUCAAACUGGAGAGAUCUGUUUCUCUGGUAACCUUGUUGCGAAGGGAUACUUGAAUAGGCCGGAUGCAAAAGGGUUCGUGAGAGGGCCUCAGGGUGAGAGAAUGUACCGCACAGGUGAUAUAGGACGCAUGAUGGUCGAUGAUAGCGUUGAAUAUCUCGGCCGUGGUGACGACCAGACCAAGAUCCGUGGACAGAGACUGGAACUCGGAGAAGUCUCUGAGGUUAUACGUGCGUCCUCCAGCAUCAACAUUCAAGUUGUCACCAUGAUUGCGAAGCACCCGGCUCUUUCGAGAACCCAACUGAUCUCGUUCAUUGCGCGGUCUGGUAUCUUAAAGCGUUCACCAAACGAUCAGCCAUCUCUUUUACAAUCCGAUUUCGUGACGUUGGGGAAAGACAUACAUGACGCUUGUAAACGAAAGCUGCCUGCCUACAUGGUGCCGGAAAUAAUAUUCCCAAUUACAUUCAUCCCCCUCGCUCCGUUGUCCGGCAAAGCAAGUAUUAAGGACCUUCAAGAUCUAUUUUCGAGUAUCUCACUUGCUACUCUCCUCCGAGGGAAUAAUUCACCGGUUGGGGACUCCGCGGCCAAUCGAUCUCCAACGACAGAUGAACUUGCUGUGAUCAGACAAAUCUGCAGCCUCAUCUCCACAGACACUGCAUCAAUCGGGCCUUUGACGAAUAUAUUCGAAAUAGGCCUAGACAGCUUAAGCGCGAUAGGCCUUUCGGUGAAAUUGAGAAAUAUUGGGUUUGAUGCCACUGUUGCCCGAGUCCUGAGCAAUCCCAUUGUUGAGCAGCUUGCCCAGCUUCCUCGGAGAAUGGACUCUGAUACCGGGUCUACGGAUAAUUCUGCAUUGAAACAAAAACUUCUCAACCUGGAAUCCGAGUUUCGACGAGACCCACCUCCGAAUAUAGACCUAUCUUCUAUCCUAGCAGUCAGGCCAUGUCUCCCUCUGCAGGAAGGCCUAGUCGCUCGAUCAAUGAACAUGCAGGGGGCCCAGCUUUAUGUUAAUCAUGUCGUGUUGCAAUUGAAUCAUUCCAUUGAUCCGGACCGACUUAAGGAGGCUUGGAGGAUUGCUACUACAAAACAUGAGAUCCUGAGGAUUUCAUUUGCUCCAGUUGGCGCUGGGAUUGCCCAAGUCGUUCAUUCUGUGGCCUCUGAGAUGCGAUGGGUAGAAGAAUGGUUUGACAGCGUUGACGAGGCGGUUUCAGGUUUCCAGCAACAAGAAGAAGAGCUUGCUCGAGAAAUAAUCGACGAGAUUUUCACCGUUCCUCCGUUGAGGUUCAGAUUAGCCAGGUCUUCAAUAAACCAGGAACCUCUUAUUCUGUCUAUUGCGAUUCAUCAUGCUCUCUACGAUGGCCAGUCUUUCUCCAUGGUCUUGGAGGAUGUCGCAGGUCUCUAUCUGAACAAGCCUGUCAGUGAAAGGGGCUCGCCCUCUGAUUUUAUUGACUAUGUUUAUUCCCAGGAUCUGGAGAAAUCAAAACAGUACUGGGUUACUUUCCUGGCAGACUGUAAACCGACAAUCUUCAGGACGGACAGUCUCGCGGUAGAGAACCCUAGUUCUGCACAUCGAACACUGGAAACCAGACUUUCUGCUCUAGAGCACCGAUCAGCCAGUCUACAUACGACCGUCCCUUCGCUUAUGCAAGCUAUCUUUGCUCUUUUGCUGGCUGACACGGUUGGCGUCUCCGAUGUAACUUAUGGAGUCGUACUUUCUGGAAGAGCUGUAUCGGUCCCUGGAGCGGAAUCGGUUCUGUUGCCUUGCAUCACUACGAUUCCUGGUCGUCUAAGAGCAACGGGACUGGCCAGCGUCAAUGAGACCAUUGAGUAUACACAGAAAGCUACGGCCAGAUCUCUUGAGUUCCAACAUACACCACUGAGGCAUAUACAAAGUUGGCUGAUGUCAGAGGCACCACUGUUUGAUUGCCUGUUCUCUUAUGUACGGCCCACGAAACCCACGGCACAUGGACUGUGGAGAGAUAUCGAUAGCAAUAUGCCGGCAGACUACCCUUUUGCAGUGGAGGUUGAAGCGGAUAAUUCUGUUGAUCAGAUACAUAUCCAUUGCCGGUUUACGUCUUCUUUCGGCUCGUCUUACAGCGCUGCAGAAUUCCUGGAGAAGAUGGAUGUUCUUCUGUCCAGCAUUGCGCAUGGCGAAGAUACGUCCUUGGACAACUUCAACUUAUCCCAGUCUGAUACUCGCAGCCCUGCCGUAGCUGUUUCGGAAUGGGAUGACAAGACCUGGUCAGCUACAGAGACGAAGGUUCGUGAACUCGUCAGCCGGUUCUGCAAGCUUGAUUUGGAGCAUGUAACCAAAGGAGCAUCGUUCCUUAGUCUUGGGAUAGAUUCAGUGGGAGCAAUUCAGUUCGCGCGUGAACUUCGUCAAUCCAGUUUUCCUGCUUCCUCUUCUGAUGUGAUGCGCUUUCCUCGCGUAGGAGAGUUGGCUCGACGUCUGGAUCAGUUAACCUGCAAGGCAGCUGGGGAUGACCAAAUUCCACCAAAUCCGUCUUCCGUCAGGGAUCUGGAUGCUUAUCGGUCAAGGAUUCGUGCCCUUGGUCCUGAUGAUUCGAUCUCUGCACUGUUUGAAUGCACACCGUUGCAGUCAGCUAUGAUUACGCAGACACUCGGGUCUGCAGGGAGUGUAUAUGUGUAUCCGCACAUCGUCCAGAUUUCAGAUACAGUGGAUCCCUCCCUGCUCAGAGAUGCCGUGUUGCAAGUUAUCAGGAGAAAUGAUAUUUUGCGGACAUCCUUUCAUCCUAUACCGGAGCUUGGUUACUCGUGGGCCGGUGCUGUUCAUUCGAACCCCCCUCUUGAAUGGACGGAGACGAGUCUACCAGAUGAUAUUGACAUCAUCGUCGAAAUGGCCCGGCGUUUUAAAUUCGACAGUGAGUCGACCUUUGAGAUCCCACCGCUCCGGACUGCGCUCGUCACCAAAGCAAACAGCAGGUUCUUGGUGGUUGUUAUGCACCACGCCCUUUAUGAUGGUGUUUCCGCACCAUUCAUCCUCGAAGAUAUCGCAAUGGUCUAUCAGGGCACUAUUCCCCCGGACAGGCCUCAAUUUUCUGAUACUGUCCGUCACGUUUUGCAAGGUAAAGAUACGGCAUGUGAAUUUUGGAAACAGAAACUGCUCGGAUACGAAGCUAUCGGUAUCCCUCCGCUUUGGGUGGGAGAAUCGAGCGAUAGAAUGUUUUCCGUCGAACGCCGGAUCGUUAUCGACAUAUCAGAACUGUUGAGAGUCUGCCGAGAAAUUGAGGUCACCGUCCAGACUAUCUCACUCCUUGCAUAUGCAAAGGUACUGGCCUGUCUGGUUGGUAAAAGAGACGUUGUUUUUGGACAUGUUCUGGCAGGGCGUUCUUUGCCUGUGCCCGGUGUGGAACGAACAAUAGGGCCACUGUUCAACACUGUUGCCCAAAGAAUCACUUUGGAGCCGAAGUUCCUGAGCAACAAGUCGCUCGCUCGUCGACUACAACAGAUGAAUGCAGACGCUCAAGAUCACCAGCACGCUUCAUUGAGGGUCAUCCAGAACAUGCUAAGAAAAUCGGGCAGCCUGAAGGCAGAAAGUCUUUUCGACACGCUUUUCGUCUUCCAGAAAUAUACAGACUCGACGGACAGGGCACUCGACGAACAGAAGAUCUGGACAUCUCAUGAACCUCCAGAUUUCGUAGCCGAGGCGGAGCACAAACUUAACGUCGAAGUUGACCAUGGUCCGAGUGGCAUUGUCGUUCGAGCUACGUCUAAGGGAAAGUAUCUGUCUCAGGACAUGCUGAAUAAAGUGGUCGUGGAUUUUGAGGAAGCUUUCCGAGAUAUUGUUGAACAUCCAACGAGGUGUUCUACUAUCUUCCCUGAGCAACUAGGCAAGAUCCCACUUCAAUUAUCGGGCCUAUAUACCGACGAGUCGACUACCGAAGGUGCCUACGCAAAUAUACAUGAACCCCUAAUUCAGCAGAUCCUUGCAGAAGUCGCCGGCGUUCCGUUCGAGGCCAUCAACCCAGACACGAGCAUCUUCAGCAUUGGUCUAGAUUCCCUUUCAGCUAUUUGCAUCGCUGCAGUUUGUCGUUCGAAAGGUCUGAAAGCCGGGGUGGCAGAUAUUUUACAAGGCAGCACUCUCCGUGGGAUCAGCUCACGUAUCCAUAUAGGCCUGAAGGAAACGAUCCAGCCUAAGGAAAAGCCUCUCCCGGACCUGUCAAGAACAAGGGAAGAUGCACUACAGAGACUAAACCUAUCUGAUGAGUCUGUUGAAGCAGUUCUUCCAUGUCUCAGUGGUCAGAACUUUCAUCUAGUCAGUUGGCGCAAAUCAGGCAGAACCCUGUUUGAGCCUGCAUGGUGCUAUUACGCAAAAGAACGGGUAGACCCCGAGCAAUUAGAGGGUGCCUGGUUCAAGCUUCGUCAAAGACAUCCAAUCCUCAGGACUUGCUUUGUGGCUGUGUCACCAUCUGAAGCGGUCCAAGUUGUGCUGAGAGAACCAAGCAAGAAUGGACAAGUCUUUGGGUUCGUGGACUAUGCGGGGACAACCAUCAAGGAGGCAGCCAAGAAUCAGGCCAAAGAAGAGGCCAUGCGGCCAUCCUCGCUGUCAACUCCCCCGGUUAGACUUCGAUUGAUCAGAGCGCAGGAUCAAGACGGGAUCAUGAUGUUGGUUAACCACGCUGCUUACGAUGCGUGGACGAUGCCAAUGUUUGUUUCAGAGCUUGCCGGCAUAUAUCAUAACCAGCCGUUUCAAUCCAAUCCCGACUUUCCGUCCUUCGUUAACUACUCCAUGCAUACUCUUCUGUCGCUCGAUGAGGAGAAAUACUGGACAUCCGCAGUCGGGUCGAGUCAGCCGACUAUUGUGAAACGCGAUAAGGAGCCACUGUGUUCGCAUACGCCUCCGGAACAGUUGUUCGUCGGUAUCUGGGAGAAGGUUAAGAAUCUGUCCCAGAUGGAAACUAUCUGUCGCGCUUCUGGCCUUGGUGUCCAGACCGUGGUUUUGCUCGCCGUGUCUCGCUCUCUGGCUAGGCUGACGAACACUGGAAGCCCGACAUUCGGUCUGUAUCAGACAGGCCGAUCUGCUUCAUUCCACGAUAUUGAGCGCCUCUCCGGACCAUGUCUCAAUGUCACGCCAUUUACCGUGGAUGAAGUCCUUUCUGGGAACGACCGGGUAAACCUGCUCUCGAAAGCCCAGUCCAUUCAGUCCUCUUUGGCGGAACGUGUCCCAUACGAGCAAAGCUCUUUGCGAGACAUAUUAUUGCGCUGGGCUAGUACCAAGAAUACAAAGACGCCCCUUUUCAACACGUGGAUCAACCUGCUGUGGAUGCAGCAGAAGUCAUCUGCCGACAGCGAAAGUAACGAUAUGUUCCAGCCUCUUGCCAUCGGUGUUCCCACGGACUUUAUUCCUGCAGAGCCACUUCCGAGCGCCAUGGAUACUACUUCUGUUGCACUUUUGGAUACAUCUUACCUACCGGAUGGCAACGUUUAUAUCGAUAUCGGGCCAGAUGUCAAGACCGAUUCUAUUGGGUUUGGCAUCCGCGUUGAGGGAGGCAUUCUAUCGGAGACGGGGGUGCAUAGUCUUGUAACGGAUAUUGCGGAAGAGAUUGAGAGGAUUGUGUCUUUGUUGGCGUUGGCAUGA